GGGCAGGAAGAAAGCGCCUGCAACUCGGAGUCGGCGUGACCGCUCUUCGGGGGAAGAGGGAAAGACAAGACGGCGAUGGAGAAAGCGCUGAGGGUGUACGGCGAGGUGCUGAGGCUGGUGCGGCGGUUGCCCAAGGACUCGAGGCCUUACUACGCCAAGUACGCCCGCGAGAACUUCGUCAACUACCGGGACGCCGACGCCGCCGACCCCAGCGCCCUGGACGAGCUCUUCCACCGUGCUUACAACCACUCGAUCUGGGUCCUCAACAAGUACUCGGUGGAGGAAUCUGCUGCGAAUAGGCUCAAGGAGAUCUGCCUCGGUUGAUGGAUCGAGUAUGUUCAUUUCCUGACCUAACCAGUCCGUGUUCUUCUGCGGGUUGGUCGAUGCUUUGCGCACGCGGCAUUUGAGCGUUCGUGUAGCGUUUCGUGGUCGGUAGAGCCGAGUGAGGUUCGAAUUUGGAAAUCCGGGGUUGUCAUGCCUCGGUGGAUGCAAAUUUUGAUACUCGUGAUGAAGUUUUGUCAGGUUUUUUAGGGCUUGCUAGGUAAAGUAAUGCUGGCAAUGUCAAUAAUUCAUUUACAAUGUCAAGGAUAAGAAAUAAUGCUGACAAUGACGAGAAUUCAUUUGCUAGAAUCACCAUCCCAGCUUCCAUAAC